AUGUCCACAAUGAAGGAAGCUCAUAUCGACACCGAUACGAAUGUCACCCUCCACGAUGUGCCAAUACCUGAAUUGCUCGAUCCACAUCAGAUCCUCAUCAAUGUGGUAGUAGCAGGCUGUAACCCGAAAGACUGGAAGAUGCCUGCCGGCAUGCUUGUCACAAUUGGUUCGUGUCCUAACAGUGGCGAUGAUAUAGCAGGUGACUAUCCCGACUAG